CUCGACAAUGCCGGCAAGACGACGUUCCACGAGCAGGUCAAGGCCCUCUUCCUCCCCGACAACCCGGAGCCCAAGCUGAAGACGGUCCCGACCGUCGGCCAGAACGUGUCGACCAUCACGCUGCCGGACAUGUACCUGAAGAUCUGGGACGUGGGCGGGCAGCUCAGCCUGCGCAAGCUGUGGCAGAGCUACUACGCGAGCUGCCACGCCAUCGUCUUCAUCAUUGACAGCACCGACAUUGGCGACGCGAACCUCGAGCACGACAGCACCGGCCGCCUCGACGAGUGCCGCCUCGUGCUGGAGGACGUCCUGCAGAACUCGGAGACCGAGGGCGUGCCCCUACUGAUCCUGGCAAACAAGCAAGACCGGGAAGACUGCGUCGAGGUGGUGAGGAUAAAAGAAGGGCUGGUGAAGAAGGUGUUUGAGGGCGAGAAGGCAAGCAGCAUCCGCGAUUCCAGAGUGCUCCCCGUCUCCGCCCUGACGGGGACUGGUGUGAGGGAAGCAGUGGACUGGGUGAGAUCGAGGGUAAAAUGGAACAAAGAGUCUAGGCCGCCGGUGAUGAGAUGA